AUGACAAGAACGAAGAGCAAGCUGCAAGCUUCCGUAGGGAGAGGACUUGGGAAGAACGUGUUGUUGACGCCGAAGAGGCAUAGGAAAAUACUUCGUGAAAACAUAAAAGGCAUAAGCCAGACAGCAAUUCGACGCCUAGCGCGCCGAGGAGGCGUAAAGCGUAUGUCUAAUGAUUCGUAUGAAGAAGUUCGUCAAGCGUUGAAAGCAUUUCUGACAGAUGUGUUAAAAGAUGUUAUUAUGUACUGUGAGCAUCAAGAAAAGAAAGUAGCGACUUUGAGUGAGGUAUCGUUAUCGUUGAAAAGAAGAGGGAAGGUUGUGUACGGAUUCAGGGGGAAUGCAGUAGUAGCAAGAAAAGAGGAGCAAGACAAAAGAACGUGA